AUGGUGUUUGAAUUUAACCGCGUUUGUUUUGGUUUAAAGUCGAGCCCAUUUCAUGCGUUACGCACGGUGAAACAGCUCGCCCACGAUGAAGGUCCCUCUUACCCUAAAGCUAAGAGGGCAAUUGAGAGCGGUUUAUAUAUGGAUGAUUUUGUAUACUCGGUCGAUAGCGUGGAGGAGGCCACCCUAACCACCGCCGAGGUUAUAAAGCUCAUGAAAUCGGGUCAAUUCGAUCUUGUGAAGUGGACUAGUAAUUCGCGUCCGGUUUUAGAUACAAUCCCACUAUCACACCGUCUUUCGGCGAUAAAGGAAUUCGACGAUUCUGAUACACACAAGGUGCUCGGUCUGUGUUGGUCACCAGAGUCCGACGUGUUUAGCCUUAAGACGCCAGCGAGAAGGCUUACGGGGGCGUUGUAUAUUUCCACGUUCAGAAUAAUGGUAGAAAUUCGAUUAGCCUCAUUAGUUCUAAGUCGAGAGUCUCACCCCCGUAAGGUUGUCUCUCUGGCGCGCUUAGAGCUUUGCGCAAUAUUAGUACUCAACAAGCUUAUUACCGCAGUUAUCAGCGCAUGUAGGGAUAGAGUUCACAUAGAAAGGAUAUUUGCCUUUUCCGACUCCACCGUCGCCUUAUGCUGGGUUCAUUCUUCACCCCACCGUUGGGAUACGUUUGUCGCGAACCGAGUGGCCAAGAUCCAAGACGAGUUAGAAACGCGGAACUUUUAUCACGUGUCCGGUACGGAAAACCCUGCCGAUUGUCUAUCCCGUGGACUCACCCCGAUGCAAAUAAUGGACCACCCGCUUUGGUUCCAUGGACCUUCUUGGGUUCACUUGGAUCCCUCGCAAUGGCCAAUAACCGAUUUCGAACCUUCGUCAGUGUCACAACCGCCGGAAGAGAAGAGACACGCUCUAGUGGCGAACGUUUCGAGCGAGGUUUCUCCAAUCAUUGCUUUGGCGAACCGCUUGUCCUCUUGGUCGAAAUUAUUGCGUAGCGUAAUUUACGUUUGUCGAUUCGCGAAGCUUUUACCGCGACGUUCGUAUGUCUUAGCGUCCGAUUACAACUAUGCCGAGUCGCUAGUAUUACGUGAACUUCAACGUGCGCACUUCUCUGAAGAAAUUACAAGAUUACAAUCGAAUAGAGCUUGUAGUCGCGCCUUUCAACGCCUUAAGCCAUUUUUACAGGAUGGGAUUGUAAGGGUAGGUGGACGCUUGUCCAACUCGCAAUUGAGUUUCGACCAACGGCACCCUAUAGUUUUACCGCGUAAAGAUCAUAUCUUGAACUUAUUAGUCGAUUACCAUCAUAAAUUGAACUCGCACGCUGGCCCUGACUUGCUGAUGUCGAUCUUGCGUCAGAAUUAUUGGAUUCUUUCUGCACGUAGUUUAAUACGCAAUCGGGUGCACAGAUUUAUAGCUUGCUUUCGGGCACGCCCCAAGUCGUCAUUUCCGGAAAUGGCGGAACUUAGAUCUUGUAGAGUAAUACAAUCAGUAAAGCCCUUUACGCACACCGGGUCUGAUUUCGCUGGUCCGUUUAAGGUCACGCUCACUCGCGGGCGUGGUAUAAGAUCCACAAAGGCUUACGUCUGCAUUUUCGUAUGUCUAACUACUCGAGCGGUGCAUAUAGAACUCGUUGGUGAUCAAAGCACAGCAGGCUUUAUGGGUGCAUUUAAAAGAUUUCUAUCCCGCCGUGGCCCUGUAAGUAAAUUAUAUUCGGAUAACGGUACGAACUACGUCGGUGCAAAACUUAUUCUAUCGGAACUCCAUGAGCUCUUAGCUAGCAAGUAUUAUAAUUCGGAGUUCGCUCACAUUCUAGCCGAGAACCGCAUUGAGUGGUCUCUGAACGUCCCAACCGCGAGUCAUUUUGGAGGCAAUUGGGAGACUAAUAUUAAGAGUCUAAAGAGUCACUUAUACCGAGUAAUAGGAGAUCAAAUUUUGUCCUUCGAAGAGCUAAGUAUGGUGCUCGCUCAAAUUGAAUGCGUAAUGAAUAGCCGCCCACUUUGUCGUACGUUGUCUAGUGACCCCUCGGAACCGCUGGCUCUAACUCCAGCACAUUUUUUGAAUUUAACGCCUCUAAGGUAUCUGCCCGCCGCAGAUAUGGAUGAGAACAGACUUAGCAUUUCCGCACGCUACAAAUUAUUAGACCGGUUAGUGCAAUCGUUUUGGAAACGAUGGAGGAUGGAAUACUUGCAUACUUUGCAGUCUCGGCAAAAAUGGAACGCAGCGACUGAGCCUUUAGCUGUAGGAACUGUAGUUGUGCUCACCAAAGAGAAUACGCCGCCUCUCCACUGGCCGUUAGGAAUUGUCGAAGAGGUCUUUCCCGGUUCCGACGGAGUAAUUAGGAUAGCUCGCGUUAAGACCACGGUUGGGUCUUACCUGCGUCCUGUUGUCCGGGGUGUACUUCAUAUUUUUCCUAACAAAUUCCCUAAAAAAUUCCCUGAGCAGUUUAAAGCUUGGGCUCAGAUUGUUAGUGGUAAAGAUGAAUGUGAUUUUGAUUACAAAAAAAUGAAAAUUUGUGAUCAACACUUCACUGAAAGGGAUCGGAAUCGUAACAACCGCCUGAAUGCACUAGCAGUCCCGUCACUUCUUCUGCAUGGCAGUCAUGCUGAUGUGCCAAUACAAAAUGAACAAAGUGCCUCAACAAACAUAAUGUCAGAAAAAUCUCUAGGUCAACCAGAAGUAUCUGACGAUAAUCAGUCCAUGUCAGACAAUGUUGCUGAUGUCCAGACACAAAUUAAAGCAGGUUUCCCGAUAACCACAAUGUGUGAACAAUCUGCUGGUCAAACUGACAAUUAUCAGUGUACUUUAGAUCUAUCUCCUGAAGUAUCUUCCCCUGGUGGAGCAUAA